AUGAGUAGAAAGGUAUUAUCUAGAAAUGUUGAUCACUGUCCAAUGCUUUAUUCGUUACGCAUGCUCUAUAAUCGUAUUUUUCGCGAUUAGGCUACGGAUUACGUAAUUUGUUGUUCCUCGUCAUACAAUUAUUUACAACGAAACAUGAAAAAAAUAUAUAUCAGAGUACGUUUCACGAGCUCGGAGCGUAGAGUUGCUGUCUACACCGAAAAGUUGUUCUGUUCGUAGGUGUGUGCGUACCUACAUACUGCCGCAGGUUAUGCGAGGAGGCUGAUUUAAGUAUGUCCUCGUAUCGCGGCGCGGGUGGCGCUUGGGACGGCGGCCCGCCGGGCGCCGAGGCGGAGUACGCGCCGCCGCCGCCGUACGAGCCGCCCGCGCAGCCGCUGCCCAGCACCGACCCCUGGACCGGCGUCAGCUACAGUCACUACGCCGCGCCCUCCGCCUACGACUACCAAGCGUACGGUGCGAACUAUGGUUACGGUUACGACUCUAACUACUACCAGAGGCCAGACGGAAGCUACUACGGAAAGUAUCCGGAGGCCCAGCCUCCCUAUCCCCCCGCGCCGCAAGCCAGCUAUGACUAUCCGCCGCGGCCGCGCGAGAGAACCCGGUCUCCCGUGGACGCGCGCAGCUACAACCGCAGUCGAUCGUAUCGAUCCAACUCGAGAAGUGCAUCACCUUAUGAGAAGAGAGAACGAGCUUAUUCCAGAAAGAGAGACAGCAGCUACGAAGAGGAAAAGAGACGUCCGAGAUCCAGAAGCAGAUCUGUACGAUCCAAAAGGAAAUAUAGUUCUAGUGAUCGAUCAAGUUCUCGGUCACACUCAUACAGUCGAUCAGCCGCUCGUAAAGAUAAGAAGAAAAGAUCUGUAUCAUCGGAUUCAUCUGGAUCUGACAUAUCUUAUAAGAAAAAGGAUCGUGGACGGAAGAGGUCUGCGACACCUAAGUUGAAAAGUAAGAGCCGGUCUCGUUCCAGAAAAGUUUCCAGAACACCGAGCCCUAAGAGAUCUAGUAGCAAAUCACCAAGGCUUAGAGUGGAUAAGGAACAGAGUAAAUCAAAAAGUGGUUCCAGUAAAGAGCCAAAGGAUAGAGCAGAAAAAACGAAAAAGAGGGAUUCUAACACACCGCCUAGAAAGCGUAAUGAUGGAACUCCUCCACCUAAAGAGCAGAGCAAAUAUGAUAGAUCUUCCCUUACUCCUCCCAAAACCUACAAGAGAUCCAAUAGAUCAGUCACUCCACCCAAAAAAUACAAAAAUAAAGAUCGCAAGGCAGAUACACCACCUCGUAAAGGGCGAGAUAGUUCUCUGACUCCACCGAAGAGUUACGCUCGCAGCCGAUCUUCAUCGAGCUCGAAGUCCCGUUCGAGGUCAUUGACUCCGCGACAUGACAAACGCAAACGAUCGCGAACGCCCAAAUCGCGGCACUCCUCGCGAUCACGUUCGUCCUCGUCAUCGAGCGGAUCAUCGAUCUCGUCGGGACGCUCGGGGAAGAAAUCCAAGCGUCGAACCAAACGGGGUUCAGUGUCAAAACAUAAAUCGCGAUCACGGUCCAAGAGUAGAUCGAAACGUCGGUCUGUGAGCAAGUCUAAAUCGCGAAAACACUCCAAAUCUCGAGGAAAUCGUACUCCCAGUCUGAGCAAAUCUAAAUCACGGUCACGGUCUAGAGGAUCGCACUCGCCCAGCAGAAGCCAGACGCGAACGCCCAGCGAUGACGAACAGCGACGCGGGCAGUUCACAGUGGCUGACAGAAAGCGCUUUUGGAAGCUGCAUAAAAGUAGGCAGGAGAGAGAUAAAGACAGGAGCCCUCCCAAAGAGGUGAAGCCGCCCCCGGGCGCCGUGGAGGCUGCCCACGUGGACGACAUCGAGUACGGAGACCCGCCUGAAGUCGAAGGCCCGAACUUCGCCGAACUGCUGACCCCGACGGAUCAAGUGAUCGCCGGCGCAUCAUCGUCCAAAUCUAAAAGCAUUCCAAUACCGAUUAUUAGAAAUGAUGGUAGCUUUUUAGAAAUGUUCAAAAAGAUGCAAGAAGCCACUAAAAAAGAGGAGGAAAAGAAGCCAGAGAUCAAAAAGCCGACACUGCCAUUUAUUGGUAAAAGACGUGGAGGUCGCGUGUUGAAAACCGGUUUGGUUAAGAAAGCCAAGGCUAUUGACGAACAGACCAUCGACAACGCCCCCAAAGACGCGUGGUCCCUGUACAUGCAAGAAGUCAAGAAAUACCGCGAGACCUCUUGUGAGGAAGAGCGCAAAACUAGACCUCUUGUGAAAUGAUACAUAAUAGUAUUUAGUUUUCAUUGUCUUAUUGUAAGAUUUUUAUUAUGACCUCUAAAAUGUAUAAUUACGAGUUAUUAUUAACAACUUUUAUUUUCUAUUGUAAACUGUGUUUAUUGUAAUCAGCACUUAGGCUCUCCCUUUGUUUACUUGUUAACACUUCCAAAUAAAGGAAUUCGAGAAUGAG